AAUUGUGAGGAUGGUAUGGGACCAGGCAGUGUUUUGUUCUGUUGUACAUAGGGUUGCUGUGAGUCAGAAAUGACUUGACAGCACCUAACAACAAAUAAAGAUAAGUCACGUUUCAUAUAGUGCUUGACAGUUGAGAAGGCACUUCUGCAUACAUUAUUUAGUUACUGUCUCACACUCUGGGAUUAUUAGGCCAUUAAGGAAACUGAGACUCAAUGUUAAAUGACUUUCUUCAGGUCACAGAGCCAAGUGUUGGAAGCGAAAUACAAACUUCACAAAACUGAUGAAAUCAGACUGACUGAAGAUGGAGAAAUGAUGCUUAAAUUAUGCAUUUGUGGUGGACAGACAUUUUGGCAUCUAGAUCAUGGCAACCAUAGAAGAAAUUGCACAUCAAAUUAUUGAACAACAGAUGGGAGAGAUUGUUACAGAGCAGCAAACUGGCCAGAAGAUCCAGAUCGUGACAGGACUUGAUCAUAAUACACAAGGCAAGCAGUUCAUUCUGACAAAUCACGAUGGCUCUACUCCAAGCAAAGUCAUACUGGCCAGACAAGAUUCCACUCCAGGAAAAGUUUUUCUCACAACUCCAGAUGCAGCAGGGGUCAACCAGUUGUUUUUUACAACUCCUGAUUUGUCUGCACAACACCUCCAGCUUUUAACAGAUAAUUCUUCCCCCGACCAGGGGCCAAAUAAGGUUUUUGAUCUUUGCGUAGUAUGUGGAGACAAAGCCUCAGGACGUCAUUAUGGGGCAGUAACUUGUGAAGGUUGCAAAGGAUUCUUUAAAAGAAGUAUCCGAAAAAAUUUAGUGUAUUCAUGUAGAGGAUCGAAAGACUGUGUUAUCAAUAAACACCAUCGAAACCGCUGUCAGUACUGCAGGUUGCAGAGAUGUAUUGCGUUUGGAAUGAAACAAGACUCUGUUCAGUGUGAAAGAAAGCCCAUUGAAGUAUCAAGAGAAAAAUCUUCCAACUGUGCUGCUUCGACAGAAAAAAUCUACAUCCGAAAAGACCUUCGAAGCCCACUAGCUGCAACUCCAACUUUUGUAACAGAUAGUGAAACUGCAAGGUCAGCAGGACUGAUAGAUUCUGGAAUGUUUGUGAACAUUCAUCAGUCUGGAAUAAAAACUGAAUCACCUGUGCUCAUGACACCAGAUAAGGCUGAAUCAUGUCAGGGAGAUUUGAGUACAUUGGCCAGUGUGGUUACAUCAUUAGCGAAUCUUGGAAAAACAAAAGACAUUUCUCAAAAUAGUAAUGAAAUAUCUAUGAUUGAAAGCUUAAGCAACAGUGAUACUUCUCUGUGUGAGUUUCAUCAAGAAAUACAAACAAAUGGUGAUGUUUCAAGGGCAUUUGACACUCUUGCAAAAGCAUUGAAUCCUGGAGAGAGCACAGCCUGUCAGAGCUCAGAGGGCGUGGAAGGAAGUGUACACCUAAUUGCUGGAGACGCAAGCAUAAAUUACAUCGAAAAAGAGGGGCCACUUCUCAGCGAUUCACAUGUAGCUUUCAGGCUCACCAUGCCUUCUCCUAUGCCUGAGUACCUGAAUGUGCACUACAUUGGGGAGUCUGCCUCCAGACUGCUGUUCUUAUCAAUGCACUGGGCACUUUCGAUUCCUUCCUUCCAAGCUCUAGGGCAAGAGAACAGCAUAUCAUUGGUCAAAGCUUACUGGAAUGAACUUUUUACUCUUGGUCUUGCCCAGUGCUGGCAAGUGAUGAAUGUGGCAACUAUAUUAGCAACAUUUGUCAAUUGUCUUCACAGUAGUCUCCAACAAGAUAAAAUGUCAACAGAAAAAAGAAAACUAUUAAUGGAUCACAUCUUCAAACUACAGGAGUUUUGUAACAGCAUGGUUAAACUCUGCAUAGAUGGAUAUGAAUAUGCCUACCUGAAGGCAAUAGUACUCUUCAGUCCAGAUCAUCCAGGCCUAGAAAACAUGGAACAGAUUGAAAAAUUUCAAGAAAAGGCUUAUGUGGAAUUCCAAGAUUAUAUAACCAAAACAUAUCCAGAUGACACCUACAGGCUAUCCAGACUACUCCUCAGAUUGCCGGCUUUGAGAUUGAUGAAUGCUACAAUCACUGAAGAAUUGUUUUUCAAAGGUCUUAUUGGGAAUGUACGAAUUGACAGUGUCAUCCCACAUAUUUUAAAAAUGGAGCCUGCAGAUUAUAACUCUCAAAUAAUUGGUCACGGCAUUUGAAAGCUGGAAUCACAGUGCUGUGAACCUGUUGUUCUAUCCCAGAACAAAAGAAGACACCAAAUUGAACUCAUUGCUUCCAGAGUCUCUGGAAAUUUUGACUUUAAAGAGUAACCAAAAUCCAAGAUAUUAUUAUUUUAAUAUCCUUAAGAAGAAUUUUUAAAUUGAUUGGGCAGGUAGCAGGAAUUAGAAUUUCCCUUCCUGUCUUAUAUAAGUGAAUGAGAAAUACUAUGAACCUAUUCUUGAUAAAGAUGACACCUAAAGCUGUCACCUCUUGACUAUCUAAACUAAGAUCUCUCAUACUAUUUUAUUUUAUAAAACAAAUAAAUUAGUCUUAUUUUUCAGAAUUGUCUUCUAUUCAUAUUUAACUUCAUUAUAAACUAGUACAAUCACAUAAUGAUCAGAAAUCCUUAAGGAGGAUUUCCUGGAUUUUAUUCUUCCAUAAUAUUAUUGUUUUGUUUUAAUUACCAUGUCAAAAGAAGAUUAUUUUAUGCUCAAUGGUAUAAUGAUAACAGAACUAUAGGAGAUAAUUGAAUAUAUUUUUUUUGUCUUUUGUAAAUAUCAUGGUGUUCUCUGGUAUAUACUACUCUCAUUGCUGGCAGUGAGACAUAGACCAUUUGUGCUCUUAAGAGUUGACAUUUUUAGUGUAUGUUACUAGUUACAAGCACUUUUUAUUUAUGCAGCAGAAAAUUGUUUUUGAUGACUACGUAGGGUUCAUGUUUUAGUAUGUUUGGUUUACUGCUAUGUUUUAAAAGUAGUAGAGACUGAGCCCAGAAUGUUUCAGUAUUUUGAAAUAGAUAAUUAAAAUUGUUGCUCUUCCAUUCCACAAAAAGUAUUCUGACCUCUCUUCUUCUUUUCUGACUGUAUUAUAGCUUCCUGACCCAGCUAUUGGAUUUAGCCAAUUACUUUUAGGUCAAUAGAAACAUUCACCCAAUUUGUUAAAUAAUUGAUUCAUCAUAGCCAAUCCAUGUUUUCAUGGUGAGUUAGAAAAUUAUUUUAACCCAAAUUGAUAAUUUAAAAAAUUAACAGUUUCUAUAAUAUACAAAGGAAUAUAUACUGAUUUUUCUCUGUAAAAACUAUGGGAGUAGCUACUUUAACUACAGUAUAAAGAUUCACCUUUUUAUUGCCACAACAAAAGCAUUUUAGACUCUCGUUAGAUGUCUUCCAUGUUGAUGUUUUCCUUAGCAAGCCGAGUACUGUUAAAUCUGACUUCUUAAUGAAUUAUUCUGGUGUAUCUGUUGAUUUUUUUAAAAAACAAAUAUGGAGAUUUUAUUAUACUCAGAGUACAUUUUUUAUAAAAAUUUUUACAAUAGAAGAGAAGCUGGAUUUUUGGAGGAGUGUGGAUUAUUAAUUGCUACUUUAUAGUAAAUCAGAUGUUUAAAAGUAAAGGUUUAUCAACUUACGGUCUUUACCGGUUUAUUAAAGGAGACUUUUUUCCCUAUUAAAAAUAAGAAUUUUGUAAAAUACUCAAAUGAAAAUAUCAGUGGGUUUAUACCUUAUAAACCUAAUGUAAUAAGCCAAAGAUUAAGGAAAAUAGUUCUUUAAAACAAUGUACUAAUGGUUAAGAUACACGUUUCUUUCAGGUAUUUUCCCUGAUUACAUUUGUAGUUAUAUUU